AGUGUUAUCAUUGCCGUAAAAUAUUUAUGAAAUUCUUGGAGAACUUGCACUUUCAGUCUCGAUAAUUUUCGAUGUUCUGAAUCAAAAAGCACGUCUGUAAAAAAGAAAUCACAAUCGAGUCUGUCUAAGAUGGCAACUUUUUAUAGAAGGGCAUUUCAGACCUUUUGCAAAAAAUUGACAUCUGCUUCAUGUGGUGUUCCAAAACACAAGAGAGGGUUUUUGAAAUACUCCACAAGUGUUCUUUACCAAGACACGUGUAAUAACUGUGGGCAACUUCUUGUUUAUCGAUCAUUCAGAACUUUGGGAGCUCUACAAGCAGUUGUUCCAUUUAAUUUAUCUGACAUCGGUGAGGGCAUCCGGGAAGUGGUCAUUAAGGAAUGGUAUGUUUCUGAAGGUGAUGUGGUCACCCAGUUCGACAGUAUUUGUGAAGUUCAGAGUGACAAGGCAUCUGUGACAAUAACCAGUCGAUUUGACGGCGUCAUCAAGAAACUCCACUAUAAUGUGGAUGAUAUCGCUUUGGUUGGUAAACCCCUGAUUGACAUCGAAACCGAAGACACUGCAGAAUCGAAACAGGAAGAUGUUGAAAUUAAAGUGGGUGCCGAGGACACUAGCUUUGAUAAGUACAGAACACAGAUGAUCAGUGGACACAAAGUGCUGGCUACUCCAGCCGUCAGAAGACUGGCCAUGGAGAACAACACAAAUUUAGGAGAAGUUCAGGGAACUGGAAAAGAUGGUCGGAUACUGAAAGAAGAUAUUUUGCGACAUAUUGAGAGCAUUGGUCACGGAGUUGAACCGACACCAGCAACACCAUCAACUGCUGUGGGUGGUAUGCCUGUUCAGAUACCACGGAAACCAGCGAUCCCGCCUCCCGAGCUCAGCAAGACGACAGUUGUGAUUGAAAAAGACAAAACCGUGCGUGUGAUUGGACUUCAGAAAGCCAUGACGAAAACCAUGGCUGCCGCUCUUAAGAUUCCUCACUUCGGUUACUGUGAUGAGAUAGACAUUACCAUGCUGGUUAACCUGAGAAAAGAUCUCAAAAAGGUGGCAGAGAAACGAGGAAUAAAGUUUUCAUACAUGCCUGUAUUUAUUAAGGCUGCCUCACUCGCCUUGUUGCAGUUCCCAUUGUUAAAUGCAUUUGUGGAUGAAAAAGUAGAAAAUAUUACAUACAAGGCCUCUCACAACAUAAGUGUUGCUAUGGACACCCCAAAUGGACUGAUUGUACCCAACAUAAAGAAUGUACAGACACUUAGUAUCUUCGAUGUAGCGGCUGAGUUGAACAGACUUCAGCUGCUAGGGGAAGCUGGGAAACUGGGGACCGUGGAUCUGUCUGAAGGAACAUUCUCACUGUCUAAUAUUGGAACGAUUGGUGGUACAUACACAAAACCGGUGAUUUUUCCACCUCAAGUGGCUAUUGGUGCUGUUGGUAAAAUACAAACUGUGCCAAGAUUUGAUCACGAUGGUAACAUUAAGAAAGCACAUGUAAUGAAUGUCAGCUGGUCUGCCGAUCAUCGGAUUAUAGACGGAGCUACAAUGGCUCGCUUUUCCAAUGUGUGGAAGAUGUACAUAGAAAAUCCAACAACAAUGAUAUUAGAUCUAAAAUAAAUUGUAGAUAUGUUAUAUAGUAAUUGAGCAUGUGUGGUAUAUUGCAUUAUAUACAAUCUACUCUGUACAUAUGGGAAGUGUGUUGUGCAAGUUUUUUUUUCUCAAUAAUUGUAGACUGUAUGAUCAGUAAAACAAAUUUCAUUAUUAUUAUUAUUAUUAUUAUUAUUAUCGAGGGCUAAAAAUUUGAUUGUUUUCAUGAGAAUCCAUGUGGAUUCCCAUGGAAGCAGUCCACGGGAAUCCUCUGAUUCUAAACAUUUUCAGAGAACUUUAUCAACAGUGUUAGUAUAUAGAAUUAUGUGUCAUAUGCUAGUAGCUGUAUAUGGAUUAGUGUAUAUUAAAAAAAAACCUUGCUAUUUACUGGAAAUAAUAACCAAUUUGUCAGUAACAGUGUAUCCAAGUUUAAAACAAAAAACACAAACAAACAAAAAUGUUUUUUGACUCACAGUUUUUUUUUAGUUGUUUAUUCCAUUUUCUCUUUACAGUCAAGUUUUUUUUUUAGGUGUCUUACCAGCCCCAAGUUCAGCCAGCAAAUGUUUGGCUAACGGUCAUGAACUAAUUGAUUGAUUCCCAACGUAGCCAUUUGGUUUACCGUGAAGCACAUAAACCAGUCUAACGGACAUUUUUCUGCUUGGUCUGGCUGAACACAGCCCAGGUUACUUUUUGAAGAUUGCUUAUUCGUAAACAGCCCAUGGGAUACUUUUGCCGAUGUAUUUUGCGCAUUGGUUCAUUGUUUGUAUGGAUAUUACUGAAGUACAUUUCCGCUACUGACAAAAAGAUUUAUUGAUUAAUUCAAGGGUAGCAACAUAAUAUCAGCGAAUUAACAUAUAAAUGUCUGUUGUUAUUAUAUAAGAACUGAACAAACAUGUUCCUUUCAUUUCUCUUCGUUGGCAAUUUGGUUCAUAGAAAUGGAUCAACAACCGCCUGACUCCAGGCCAGACUAUUCUCGAUAAACCUCUGUUUUGAACAUGUAUGGAUUCGAAUGUAUGCUAUGUUUUCAAGCCAGUUUAAACUGAAGCUUGAUAACCAGACUAUUUUUUUUUUUUUUUUUUUAUUCUGUAAUGUUUUACUCACUGAUUAUUCAAUUUAAUAAAUUUGUGGAAAAAUUUCACGCAAAUUCAAAUAGAUUCGGAUGUUUUGUGCUUGUGCUUGAUUCACGCAAAUGUUUAGCCCUGUUAUUAUUAUUACUAUUAUUAUGAAUGCUAUAGGCUGACAGUAUAAUUGGUGAUGUUUCAUUAGAAGAAUCAAAAUCUAAUUUUAUAUAUGGAAAAUGUUAUUUUCUCUUCCACUUCUGCAUAAUGUGAAGACAUCCAUAUUCAAUGCUGCUUCCUAUCUAGACUGAAAAAGACUCAUAACUUGUAAUUCUUGCUUUUAACAUCAGUUGUAAUGAAAGAAAGGAAACAUUUAACUGAUAUAACAGGUAUUGAUGCCAAUAAUCUUCCGGUACCUGGUGGGUUAAGGGCCCUGUACUCAACUACACAAGGGAAUUAAGUCAUGGUGGUUUUGUUCCUAAUGUCAACAUGGCUCUUAAUUCACAAAAUUCUUAUAUACAUGUACAUAAGUAUAUGAUAUACUGCAAGCUAGCAGUGUAUUUUUGUACAUAUGUUUUCAUUAAUAUUGUUUACUACACACUUUCAUAUUGUGUAUGAAACUGUACAAGGUAGUUAAAUACUGUCUUAAGUGAGAUUGUAAUACUUUGGGAUGAUGAUGUGGGGUGAUUGAGUUAUAAAUAUAGUCUUCUGGUUUACCAGAACACCACACUGUUAUUUAAACAUUUUACAUCUAAAUACUAGAAUUUAAGUCAGUAGGUUUGUAUCUAUGUGACCGCUUUAAUUUAGUUUUAGGCUUCAUGAUACAUAACGGUUAUUACCCUUGUUUGUUUCAGUAUAGUCAAUAUCAUAUAUUAAGAAUACAAAUUGUAUUAUGCGAAAAUCUUGCUAGCAUAACACAUUAUUUUUAUUCUUACUAUAUGAUAUUGACAAUUCCAAAACAGGAUGGUAAUAAUCUCUUUUAUCAUAUAAUCUCAAGCUUAAUACCGUACAAUGUGUUUUUGUAAACUGUAUACGCAACUUUAAUUCCAUUCAGCCAUUACUCAAUAUUUAAAUGACGCAAGAAUAUGUGAUGUGAUGUGUCUUUUUUUAAUGGAAAUGUCAUCAAACUUGAAUUUUGGAUAUUCUUGCAUGAAAAUAAACUAGUGCUUAAUGUUUUUUGUUUUGUGAACGCUGAACAGCUUCCAGUGUAAAGUUAUGGAGUGUCACCGUAGUAUGUUUCCAUAAAUGUUAAUAAAUGUAGUGCCGUGACCUCAAUUAAUUUACAUCUAAUUUGCAAAGUUAUCAAACUCUGAAAAUCAUCACAUACUUUGAUUACACUGGGUAUGCUAGCUAUCAUAUAAUAAACACUGGUAUCAUGAAUAUCUGAAGCCUACACACAGUAUUAUUUAAUUUUGAUGUGUAAUCGUGGAAACCAUUUUUUUAUUUUAUUUCUUUGAUGUGAUGUUAGGAUUAUGCCAUUUAAUGAUGACCCUUCUAGUGUACUCGCUAGGACAUCCAAAAAACUUAAUGUAUAUUGAUGUCUCAUAUAUGAAUGUUGAAUUACUAAAAGUAUUUCAAAAUGUAAGGUAUUUCAUUAGAUAUAAAACACACUAUAACAUUCAAUAUUGUUGAAUGACUACAUGUAUGUUACAAGAUAAACUUACUUGUGAAACCUCUAUUGAUUGUUAACUACCCUGUGUUUGUAACACAAUUUUGUCACUGGAUUUUACUAAUUGUUAAGCACUAUAACAUGCAGACAUUUAGUGACUUGAAUUACACAAUAUACCUCAAACAUUGUUUCAUUGGAUGUAGUACGGUACUAGUGCAGUGCACUGUUCAACAUUCAAAUCUGCGGAUCAAGGCCAAAAAAUUAUUUUUAUGUUUAAAAUCUUCUGUUUCCUCUAUAUUUAGUUUUCUGUUAACUUUCAAAUCCAUUGUGAACUAACACUUCAGAAUGGAUCAGAUUUGCAGGGUUACUGGUAGUUCUGUCAUAAAUGGGUAAUGUGUGUUUAGAUCAUUAAUAAACAUUUAUGUCUACA